GCUGCCAUUGACAAUAUAAUUUCUUUUUUCAUCUCUCUUGACUUUUGAUUUUGACUGUGAAAAGUAGAAAAUAACCUCUGUCGUUACAUAUUUCCUUUGAAUUUGAUAGAAAAUUACUAAAACAUAAUAUGGCUAGACUUGUGGAUUUAGAAUUAAAAAAAGCUUUUGCGGAACUACAAGUAAAAAUGGUCGAAACUAGAAAAAAAAUAACCAUAAUCGACACUCAAAUUGAGGCCUUGGAUAAAGUAUUGAAGUUUAUAGAAUCUACGCAACAAGAGUUAAAUGUUCUGCCAAAUGAUACCAAAACUUAUAUACCUGUGAGCAGAAUGUUCCUUCAGGCGGAUUUAGGAGAAUUAAAGGAAAAUAUCGAAGAACGUGUAUCUAUGCUCCAAAAACGUAUCACUGAGUUAGAGAACAAAAAGGAGUACUUGGUACGAAAACUGAGAGAAAGUGAAGACAACAUCAGAGAAAUGGUUCAGCAAAAGAAAGGACAGAUUCUUGCUGAUGAGGAUAAAGCUAAUUAAAUUAAAAUUAAUGUUUUCUUCAUACAUCACAAUUGUCGUUUAAAAUUCUAAGGAGGUUGUUUUUAAACAUUAUUAAUUAUAAUGUAACUUGAAUACUAUUAUAUAAUUAAUUUUAA